GAGCUCUCAUCUGGAAACUUGACUGAAAUAACAGAAUGGCCAGGAGAUAUGACAGCCGGACAACCAUCUUCUCGCCUGAAGGGCGUCUGUACCAAAUCGAGUAUGCCAUGGAAGCAAUCUCGCACGCCGGUACGGUGCUAGGCGUGCUCUCCAAAGAAGGAGUUGUACUUGCAGCUGAGAAGAAAGUAACCGGGAAGUUGCUUGACCUAUCAGGUACAACGACCGGCGGGUAUGGUGGUAGCGGCGAGAAGAUCUUUCUUUUGAACUCAAACGUUGUCGCUGGUGUAGCAGGAUACACAGCAGAUGCCAUUUCCCUUGUGAACUAUGCGCGUCAAGCAGCGCAACGACAUUUGUUUUCAUAUAGUGAGGAUAUUCCGGUCGAGCAGCUUGCUCAGCGGUUAUGUGAUUUGAAGCAAGGGUAUACGCAAUAUGGAGGUCUACGACCGUUCGGUGUUUCGCUUCUCUAUGCCGGCUGGGAUCCACACUAUGAAUUCCAGUUAUACCACUCUGACCCUUCAGGGAAUUACUCGGGCUGGAAGGCGACCUGUAUCGGAGCGAACAAUGGGACUGCACAAAGCUUGUUGAAGCAGGAAUACAAAGACGAGAUUACAUUAGAUGAGGCGAUCGGGCUUGUUCUCAAGACACUUAGCAAGACUAUGGACAGUACAACUCUUGGUAGCGAAAAGUUGGAAUUUGCAACGCUAACGCUUGACAAGGAGACGAAGACACCACGCGCCAAGAUUUAUCGCCCGGCCGAAGUUGACGCGUUGUUGGCAAAGCAUAACCUCGCGAAGAAAGAUGAGGAUGUAGAAAUGAGAGCAUCGUAAUGUGUUCCUAGCUGUGUUUCAUAUUCAAUGCCACUUUGUAUCUGAAGC